GGACGGAGGACGUGUUUGGCCUGCCCGGCCGGCCGGCUGGUUAUCAGUGUCGGGCCCGGUCUCCGCAGGCACAGUCUCUGGCCGCAAGUGGCCCCAGUUAGUUGGAGGCACCCCGACGACGACGACACCUCGGCGACGACAUGACGGGGGCCCUGGUGGUGGACAGCAAGGGCGGCGCGGCCGCGGCGGACGACUCCAGGAUGACGCCGCUGGGCAUCGUGCUGGUGACGCUCAGCGCCGUCUCCGGCAUCCUCUUCGGCUACGACACUGGCGUCGUGUCUGGCGCCAUGCUCGUCAUCAAGAGCUCCAUAGUUCUGACCGACUUCUGGCAUGAACUCAUCGUGGCCGGCACCAUCGCGUCGGCCUGGGUCUUCUCGCUCAUUGGCGGCUACUGGACCGACCGGUACGGGCGAAGGAAGACCAUCCUGGCGGCGGCCAUGGUGUUCACAGUGGGCUCGCUGGUCAUGGGUUUCGCGACCGGCAAGGAGAUGCUGCUGGUGGGCAGGCUGAUUGUGGGCGUCGGCGUGGGUCUGGCCAGCAUGAGCACCCCGAUGUACAUCGCGGAGAGCUCGUCCCCCAAGUACCGCGGCGUGCUGGUGCUCAUGUACACCGUGGGGGUGACGGGCGGCCAGUUCGUGGCGGGCAUCAUCAGCGGCGUGCUCUCGGGCGCCGACCAGGGCUGGAGGUGGAUGCUGGGGCUGGGCGCGCUGCCCUCCGUCGUGCUGGUGGUGGGCUUCCUCUUCCUGCCCGAGAGCCCCCGCUGGCUGGUGGCGUCCGGCCGGCUGGACGACGCCGAGGCGGUGCUGCGCCGGCUGCGCGGCCCGGACGCCAAGGUCAGCGAGGAGGUGAAGGCCAUCAAGGAGGCGUGUGACGAGCAGCUGAAGCAGAAGCAGCAGGUCCAGCAGAACGUGCUGAUGCAGAUCCUCCGCACUGAGCACGCGCGCCGCGCGCUCUUCCUGAGCUGCGCGCUGCAGGCCUACCAGCAGCUGGGCGGCAUCAACACCGUCAUGUACUACAGCGCCAGCAUCCUGAAGAUGAGCGGCAUCGGCGACGACUCGACGGCCAUCUGGCUGUCGGCCGGCGUGGCGGGCGUCAACUGCGUGUGCACCUUCAUCGGCAUGGUGUUCGUGGACCGCCUGGGCCGGCGGCCGCUGGCGCUGGGGUCGCUGUUCGGCGCCUGCGUGUCCCUCGUCAUCCUGGGGCUGGGCUUCCUGCUCAUGGACCACACGGCGCCCCCCGUCACCGACGUCAACACGCUUGGCGACGCCUGCGCCGCGUUCAUGGGCUGCUCCGCCUGCACCAGCCCCCGCACCAUGUGUGGCUUCUGCGUCAACGGCAACAGCACGUCGUGCUGGCCGCGCGACGAGGACACCAACCUGGCCCUGGGCGGCGCCUGCAUGUCCCCGCUGACCGCCGACAUGGAGUGGGCCGUGGGCUACUGCCCGUCCACCUACUCCUGGAUCGCUGUGGCCGCGCUCGUGCUCUACCUCUUCUGCUUCGCGCCUGGCAUGGGCGCUAUUCCGUGGGUCGUGAACGCCGAGGUGCACAGCCUGUGGGCGCGCGACUUGAGCACCAGCAUCGCCACCUCCUCCAACUGGCUGCUGAACCUGGUCGUGUCCAUCAGCUUCCUGUCUCUCAUCGACGCCCUCACAGCUGCAGGUCCAAAGAGCCUUUUUCUUCUACGCCGUGGUGGCUUUCACCGGAGUCAUCCUGCUGUGGUUCAUCCAGCCCGAGACCAAGGGAGUCUCCUUGGAGGACAUGCCGUCGCUCUUCGUGAAACACCGAAUCGACGCCAACGAAAACUCGGCGGUGGAAAGCAAAAUUCAGGCUGUCAAGACUGUGGAUGCCUAACUGGGGGAGAGCUGCAGUUUAUAGAGAGAUUGUACCGAGUACCGCACUGCCCUGUGCGAGGCACUGCUUUUAAUGCGCUGUGAUAUUUGUCUCAUUACGAGAACAAUGUUGUGAGAGGAUGGAUGGUGUUGUGAUUGCUUUGAUUGUGUUAUUUAGUGGCAUCUGUAUCUUCUAGUCAAUGAGGUCAGCUAACUUUUCUGAGGUGAGAGAAGUGGCUGAAGAUGCGUAGUACAAAGACUUCAUGAAAUUAUUUUUGCACUUUGAAAUACUUUGGGUAUCACUUUUUGUUCCUCUAAUUGUUAUAUGGAGGUGUCUCAAAGCCCUUAUUUUUAUCUGUGUUUUUAUUUUUUGAAGUCUGAGACUCAUGGAUGUAUCAAUUUUCUGAAAAUGAAGAGUACAUCAUAACAUGAGAUUUAGUGAAUAAGUAAACCACAUUGGAAUUUACAAGUUGAUUGUGUUGAAAGUAUUUGUGCUACAAACGUAAAAUGAUACUUGAUUGCCAAAAUCAAGAUAUCUGCAUCAUUAUUUUUUAAAUAUUUAUGUUCAAUUGUAUUGUAGUUAUCACUUUUUCAUAGGCCCAUCCACAACCCUGACAUACUCAUAUCAUCUGUUUUCAGUAUCUUAUUUCCAUUACUCAUUUUUAUGUUUCACUGUGUGUUGUUUUUUUUUACACAUUGUUUAUCUCUCUAUACUAAGAGUUUUAAUGUUUAUCCGAUGUACACAAAGUGGAAUUUCCAUUUUCUUUUUUUAAAUAAAGAAAACUACAUUAAGAGCAAAGCUUG